AUAUUCAACCGUUGGUAUGAAUAACGUUCCCAUUCAUCAACCGUUCGUAUACGUCAGCAUGGGCCCCGCUCCGGAGAGCUGCUGAAUAUUUAGCUCACCUGUCCACCCAUUUCAUACGUCAAAAGAAAAUCAACUUUCAUUUCCAGAAGCCAGAAAUCAUAGGAGACGAUGAAUUGCAGUUGCAGGGACGUCCUCAUCCGCCAGGAUUCCGAUUCCGGCAACCCCUACAUUCUUCUGCUCAACGACCUCUCUCUGAUUCCCGUUUGGCAUUACCUCUUCGCCUCCCUCGCGAUUUCCGCUGCAAUUCUUUACCACUUCCUCGAAUUCCAUUUCUUCCAAGACCUUUUCACCGCCUUCAGAGGCUCCGCCGUCUCCUUAACCUUCAACCCCUCCUCCCAUACCUACCACGGCGUCGUUUCCAAGUGCCGGAUUCUCCAUUCCAGGUAUUUGGCGACGCCGUGGCUCUCGAGCCCUCAUUUCCAGACUGUAUUUCUCAGCUUCUUUGGGCGGCCUCCUGCUUUCAGCUACCGAAGAGAAAUUUUUCAUCUAUCUGAUGGUGGAACCAUUGCUUUGGAUUGGCUAAGGAAUUCUGAUGUUCUGGGAGGUGCUUUUAGCUCAAACAAUGCUAUUCCUAAAGAUGACACCACCCCUAUCGUGCUGGUGAUUCCUGGAUUAACCAGCGAUUCUGAAUCUGCUUACAUAAAGCAUCUUGCUUUCAAUACAGCAAAAAAGGGAUGGAAUGCUGUUGUUAGCAAUCACAGAGGACUGGGUGGCGUUUCAAUUACAUCCGAUUGCUUUUAUAAUGCUGGAUGGACAGAGGAUUUACGGACUGUCGUUAAUAACCUCAACCAUGAAUACCCCAAGGCUCCUUUAUUUAUUGUUGGAACAAGUAUAGGUGCCAAUAUUUUGGUCAAGUAUCUUGGGGAGGAUGGCGAGAAGACUCCUGCUGCUGGGGCUGUAGCGAUAUGCUCCCCUUGGGACCUUUUGAUUGGUGAUAGAUUUAUAGGCCGUAGGCUGUUGCAAAAAAUUUAUGAUAAAGCUCUAACAAUUGGCCUUCAAGGCUAUGCUCAACUAAACCAGCCUCACUUCUUACGGCUCGCUAAUUGGGAAGGCAUAAAAAAGUCGCGCUCUAUUCGUGAUUUUGAUCAGCACGCUACCUGCAUUGUUGGGAAAUUUGAGACCGUGGAUACAUAUUACAGGCACUGUAGCAGUGCUACUUAUGUGGGAAAUGUUGCUGUCCCGUUGCUCUGUAUCAGUGCUUUAGAUGAUCCAGUCUGCACUAGGGAAGCCAUUCCUUGGGAUGAAUGCAGGGCAAACAAAAAUAUUGUAUUGGCUACAACAAAGCAUGGAGGACACUUGGCUUUCUUUGAAGGAUUAACUGCUUCUGGCAUCUGGUGGGUAAGGGCUGUUGACGAAUUUCUUAAAAUUCUUCACUCUAGCCAAUAUAUGCAUGUACAGAAGAUGGUGAGUUCUGGCCCACAGUUGUCGUUGGACUCUUCAAUAGAUCAUCAAGGUCCCUAUAUAAACGUUGCAGAAGAUGGAAUGGUAGCUGCCGUUGGAAAUGAACAGGCGAUGGAGACUAAGAUAGAAGAUGUACUUGAACCGCAAAAGAUCCAUGACAGAGAAACUAACGAAAUGGUUCCAGGAGGACAAGAUGAACAGAUGAUUCAGCCAGAAUCACAAUCGUUGGCAGAAAUCCCCCAAUCAUCUGAACAAGUUACUAACGUGCAGGAUGCGAAGCCUCUUGAUGUAACUACUACUGUUAGAAGGUGCUUAGAUCAGCUAUCCCGACGGACUAAGUGGUCGUUGUGGUUGCUUGUGUAUGUUUCCAUCGUCACAAGUUGGCCAUUGAUUGGUUCUGCACUUAAAAUUGUCUUGCAAAAGAAGCUCAGAAAUUUAUUUGGGUGACUCUAUUGCCACCCCCUAAUAUCCGAGGAAUUUAGGACAUGAUAAUAAAUGUAAGAAACUUGUUUCGUCUUAAAACACAUUGACGAUCGUCGCUGUAAUGUUUACGUUAUUUUCAGAAAAAAAAAAUGAAAAUAAAUAAAAAUCAAGUUCUACUGAUACUAACGUUCUGUAAAAUGUUAUAAAAUGAAAGAAGAUUAUAAACCAGUUGA